UUUCAUUUUAAUGUUUUCUAAAUUCCUGUUAAUUUUAAAAUUUACUCACGCUUACGCGUGGCAAUCGGAAGUGCGUCUGCGAUGCUAGGCGAGUUCCGGGGUUUUGUAAGAGGGCCGGAAGUUUUUAAAGAAUCGACGCUUUCCGUGGCGGCCGACGGUGGCGGCUUCCGUGGGCUGGGAGGCGACACCGGCGACUGCGACGGCGGCCACGAUGGCGGCCCGAUGACAAAAUUCUUGGGACCCACUUGUAACGAAAGAGCCGACAAAACUGCAAUACUUUUUUGGCUUUGCUUCCCGAUUUGGCUCGGAACUCUGCUCAGCAUUUGGCACGCCGGAAAAUAUCAGGAAAGAAGAAUCAGGUCGAGAGGAUCAACCCAGCCGGGGUCACCUCACCGCGCGUCGCGUUUAUUAACACCCGCAGGGUUCCAAAUCCUUGCGGCCGUUUCCCGCGGCUUUUUCCUCACAGUUCUGACAGUGGGAGGAUAUUGGCGAUUUUUCUGGGACCUGGCAGCACGUCCAGCGAAGUGGGCGAGAUUUCUAAAAUCUGGAGCAUCCUUUGCACCUUUAGACCCAACAACUGCUGCUGCUGCCUAUGACGUAGACUUAUUCGACGUCGACGUUGACGACUCCGACUCGCAAUCGACACUGUCACCGCCAACAACCUUGUGCCUCAGCGUGACGUUUGCCAUUCUG